CCUGUUCCAUGCUCAUAGUGCAACAAAUGAUGUGUCAGAAAGGCAAAUUACAUAAUAACUGUGAAAUUUGAGCUAUCAGUCCAAUGUCCUGUCCAAGAGUAGAGGGUUGCUUUAGUUCCUGCCCCCAGGUUCCUCUUUUCUCUGUCAGUCUUUCUGCACACAUCCUGUCUCUUUUUCUUCUCCCAGAAUGUUGCCCCUCAUGGACUGGAUACUGGAAGACCUGACUCUGGAGAAGGUUUCCUUUCGGAUGGUAGCUGUCUCUGGCUUGUUAUUUUUACUGCUGGCUGUCCUCUUCCAUUUCCUUUUGAAGGGCUUUGGUUUCUGCUACCACUUUUAUGUCACCUGCCAGAAGCUGCGCUGCUUCCCAGAGCCCCCACGCAUCAACUGGCUCUUGGGGCACCUAGGUGUGGUUUAUCCUAAUGAGGAGGGCUUGGUGAAAAUAGCCAAGUGGGUGGCCACGUUGUCCCCACCCUUUCUGACAUGGAUGGGGCCCUUCUUACCAAUCGUGUGGUUGGCUCAUCCUGAUUAUAUUAAGCCAGUUGUGACUGCCUCAGCUGCUGUUGCUCCCAAGGACAAACUCUUUUAUGGCUUCCUGAAGCCCUGGCUUGGUGAUGGACUCCUGCUGAGCGGUGGAAAAAAGUGGGCACGACAUCGGCGCAUGCUCACUCCUGCCUUCCAUUUUGAUAUCCUGAAGCCUUACAUGAAAAUCUUCAACCAGAGCACAGAUAUCAUGCAUGCUAAAUGGCGCAGGCUCACAGCUGCAGGCCCUACUUCUAUUGACAUGUUUGAGCAUAUCAGCCUCAUGACUCUGGACAGUUUACAAAAAUGUGUCUUCAGCUAUAACAGCAACUGCCAGGAGAAACCGAGUGAAUACAUUGCGUCCAUCCUGCUGCUCAGUUCUCUUGUAGCACGGCGACCAUAUAGUCUGCACAACUAUAUUGACUGGAUCUAUUAUCUGACGUCAGAUGGCCGUCGCUUCCGCCAUGCCUGUGACAUCGUACACCGUUUCACUGCUGAUGUGAUCCAGAAGCGACGAAUGACCCUUAGCAACUUGGGACAGGAUGCCUGGCUCAAACCCAAGCAGGACAAAACUAAGGAUUUCAUUGAUGUCCUGUUGAUAGCCAAGGAUGAAGAGGGAUGCCACUUGUCUGAUGAAGACAUUGCAGCUGAAGUUGAUACCUUCAUGUUUGAGGGCCACGACACUACAGCAAGCGGCUUGUCUUGGGUGCUGUACAAUCUGGCCCAACAUCCACACUACCAAGACCAGUGCCGGGAGGAAAUCCAGGAACUGUUGCAUGACCGGGACAUAGAAGAAAUUGAAUGGGAAGACCUCUCUCAGAUGCCCUUCACCACCAUGUGCAUUAAGGAGAGCUUGCGCCUCCACCCGGCAGUCACAGAAAUUUCACGACACUGCACCGAGGAUGUGAAAAUGCCCAAUGGACAGGUUAUCCCCAAACGGGUUGUCUGCCUCAUCAGCAUAUAUGGGACCCAUCACAAUCCUGCUGUGUGGCCAGAGCCUGAGGUUUAUAACCCACACCGCUUUGAUCCAGCAGCCUCAAAGCAACAGUCCCCCCUGGCCUUCGUCCCCUUCUCUGCAGGACCGAGGAAUUGCAUUGGACAGACUUUUGCCAUGGCAGAGCUGAAAGUGACCUUAGCUCUGACGUUGCUCCGGUUUGUGGUGCGUCUGGAUAAAAGCCAGACUGUACGGCGCAAGCCAGAAUUAAUCCUGAGAGCUGAGAAUGGGCUGUGGCUGCAGGUGGAACCUCUGCCGGCCAAGCCUUGACCAGGAAGCCCUCGCUAUCGCCAACCUCCAACACGCAACUGGAAGUUUUAGCACUGGAUCUGCACAGAGGAUUUGUGGUGGUCGGGAGCUUUGUGCCUAAACUAAAGCAGCACACCAGAGUGGAACCAUAUUGUUUGUGCAUCACUAUGCCCUCCUUACCAUUGCUCCUUAGCUCUGAUAUUAUGGCGGAGACAAAGAGACCUAAAAAUUAUGUCCUACUACAGUAAAGUCUUACAGGUUGCAACAGUGUAAAUGUAGUUUGCCAUUGUUUUAAACUUACAGCAGUACUUCUUGAAUCAUGUUGACAGGAGAACUCUAACCUAACCAUAGUGUUGAUUGUAAAGAAUGAUAUCUUAAGGCAAAUAUUCCAAACACUCUUUGUUUUUAAGUCACUUUUGUUUGAGAAAGAGAGAACAUAAUAGUACAACAAUACUGAAAUAAACAAAAUGUUGUGAUAUGUAACAAAACUACACAACUACAUUGUACCUACAAUUACAAAACUACGAUUUGCCCAAAACUCAAUAACAAUACACACAUAUACACAAAAAAACUAAAGUAACAAACAAAAAGUAAACAAACACUUGGUGCUGGUUUUAUUCCUUAUUAUUCUAUGCCCUUUAAAUGAUAUUACAGUAGAGUCUCACUUAUCCAACAUAAACGGGCCAGCAGAACGUUGGAUAAGUGAAUAUGUUGGAUAAUAAGGAGGGAUUAAGGAAAAGCCUAUUAAACAUCAAAUUAGGUUAUGAUUUUACAAAUUAAACACCAAAACAUCAUGUUAUACAACAAAUUUGACAGAAAAAGUAGUUCAAUACGCAGUAAUGCUAUGUAGUAAUUACUGUAUUUACGAAUUUAGCACCAAAAUAUCACGAUAUAUUGAAAACAUUGACUAUAAAAAUGGCUUGGAUAAUCCAGAACGUUGGAUAAGCGAGUGUUGGGUAAGUGAGACUCUACUGUAUAUAACCUUUGGUAACACCACAAAUUCAAAAAUCCUAUCAUUGACAAUUGCCUCCAUUGUUAUUGUGAAAAGGUAAUAAACAAAUUUCUGUAUUACUAUAA